CGUUAUCCCAUGAGAAAGCCUGGAUUUCUCUCAACCAAAUCCAUUGCGAUAUGAAAAGCAGAAACACUCCACAAUCUCCUUGAAUUCACCAAGUUCUUGAAACCUUGAUAUCGAGUUUGUCGGAUUAGUGGUGUGAUUCUGUUCCUCCGUAAUCUGAAAGUUGGUGUUUAUGCUACGAAACAUUUAUAGUCUACUUCACAAGGUUCGAAUGAAACCUGUUCUUAUUCUGGGAAGCGGAAAUGGGUUCUUGGGCUAGAGUAUCUGUUUUGACCUUUCCAUGGUCUACAAUCAAUGCUGAAUCUGCUAUGGACUCCAAAUUAAGCGGUGUUUUUUAUAAAAUGUACAGAAAUACAAAUAAUAGAAAACUGUGUCUCUCUUUUUCUUGGGAUAAUUAUAAACUUAGGAGUAUUGGUGUGAUUAAAUCAAGCCAAGAUGUAUCUUAUUUUCAAACCGAACAAGAAGUAGGGACUUGGGAAGAACCAGAUACUGGCAGUGACAGUGAGUCUGACGAUGAGGAAGUUGAAGACCACUUUCUAUUUGAAAGUGACGGAAUGAGGGCUUCAGUUGUUGCUGAUGUUAAUGUAACUUCAAGGGACAACUAUGAAGAACUUAUUAAGAAAGAAGUUGAACAACUUUUGGAACCAGAAGAAAGAGCAAUAUUGCAACAGAAUGUUACUCCUAACUUGGAAAAAAUAUCAACUGAAAAAUGGAGCCCACUACACACUCUUGUGCUAUCAAUGCAGAUGAGUUGCGUGGAUAAGCUUCUUGAUAAUGGCAUGGACAUUGAUUUCCCUGAUAAGGAAGGUCUUACUGCACUUCAUAAGGCAAUUAUAGGUAAAAAAGAUACUUUGAUUAGCCAUCUUUUACGGAGACGAGCAAGUCCGCAUGUUAAGGAUAAGGAUGGAGCCACUCCACUUCAUUAUGCAGUUCAAGUUGGUGCCAAGAUGACUGUGAAAUUAUUGAUCAAAUACAAGGCUGAUGUCAAUGUUGAAGAUAACGAUGGUUGGACCCCCUUGCACGUUGCCAUUCAGAGCAGAAAUAGAGAUAUAGCAAAAAUUUUGUUAGUCAAUGGUGCUGAUAAGACAAGAAAAAAUAAGGACGGAAAAACAGCUCUGGAUCUAAGCUUAUGUUAUGGGAAAGAUUUCAAGUCUUAUGAACUUGCCAAAUUACUGAAGACGGUUCCAGCAGAUAGCUGUCUAUGACGUGAAAGAUGCAAUUGGCCAGAAUCAGAGUUAAAUUUCAGCUGAAUUAGCUGCUGCUGAUUAGCGAGUAAAUCAUCCCUUUGUCAUUCAGCAUCUGAAGAUCUGCAGCAGCUGAUAUUUUUUUUCAAAAUGAGGAAACUUUUGAUGGAACAAUUCAUUAUCUUCCACGUCAUUGAUUACUUGGAAUUUUGUUGCGGCAAAGUUCGAAUUGACAACAUUGUCCUGUCAAAACCACACUCAUUCUCAGCCUAUAAGUUGAGAAUACUAUUAGUGAUCCUCAGACACAAAGUGCUUGGCGAAUUGCUGAGUUAUUUUUUAUGAACUGCUCGAACCACUGUGAUCCUUCUACGUGUAGUUGUUUCAACUGGGUGCUCAAAUUUUGUAAUUGAUUGUAAGAAGUAGACUUAGUUCAUAAAUUUCUGUUGUAUGUAUGCACGUGUUACAUUUUCAGUUUGUUUGAAUGAUAGACACUGGCAUUAGAAUUUUGGUUUAUUUAUUUAUGAUUAAAUCUCAGUUUUGCAA